GUUUUGGCUCUACCUGAUUAGUGCUAAGUGUGAAGGAACGAACGAGGUAAUGUUGGGCGGACAAUCGCGGAGAAGGCUUAGGCCUUUGGCGCUUCCAUUGAUUCUUGUGCUAUUGCUAAGCUUGACGCAGGUGUCGUUGCCAAGCUUCAUUGGUGUGCCUCGGACCAGCAUCACACGAGAUGCAGUUUUGAGGCAAGCUGCUGACAAGGGCUUUGGAUCUGGAGCCAAGGUUCCAAAGAAGAAGAAGAGCAAACAGGAUGCUUCGGACGAGGAGACCAGCAUUGUGAAGGAUAAGAAGUCCUCCAAAAGCAAAGCUUUGAGUAAGCAGCGGCUUAGCGACCUCAGAGAUAAGACUCUGGCCUUGCGACAAAAGCGCGAGGAAGAGUUGGAUGAGUACGAGAUGGGCAAAGCUAUGAUUGCCAAGUACGGCCGAGAAGUGGCGGUGAUGCCUCAAAAUGUGGCCGAGCGUGUGGCCAAACGUGGUAUGGUCAUUGGUGGAUCCUUUUACGCCACCAUGCUUGCAGUCUUCGCAUUUGGCAUCAUUCUUUUUAAGACUCAGGAGAUCGUGAUUCCUCCAACACUUAUGGCGUUUGUGACGCUGGCUCUUCUUGCCCUUGCAAUUUUUGGUGGCUCCUAUGGCAUGAUGUCUGCGUCUUGGGACCCCGACAAGGAGGGCAGUGCCUUGGGCGCAGAGGAGUUUGGUGACAACAUGAAAAUCCUUGGAGAAGGCUUCAGGAAAGCCACGCUGCAGACAGAAUACGAGAAGGCCUUGGAAGUGCGAAACGAGCGUCGAAAGCUGUUGGAGGCAAAGGAAAAGAAGAAGCAGGAACUGCUCAACAAGUGAGGGAUGGGAACGAAGGAAUCCAGCUAUUUUAUUUUCAAGCUGCACCAGCGUUCCAAUGCAGCAGCCUUUUGGCCACCAACAGCAGCUGAUGCUGACACCGUCCCCAAAAC